AUGCGUCAUCUGCGGUCGGUCAUGGAACUCAUCUCCUCGGUGGCGACCGAGCACGAGAAGCGGCUCUACAGCGACGCCCACGCGUGGCUUUACUAUCUGGGUGCAUUCGAAGAGCGCCGUAAAAUGCCAGCACUGUCCUCUUCAUCGAGAGACUGGCGCGCGUCCACCGACGCCGUCGGCCGCAACGGGGAAGCCCAGGCCCCGUGGUUCCAGCACCGUCUUGCCGAGCACGUCCAACAACAGCAACAGCAAGAGCAAUCACUCAGGGGAAGCGGUAGCGGCAGCAGCAGAGCAGUCGACCCCCCUCCUCUCCCACCGGGAUCUUCGCCCUCUUACCGCCGGUGGCCAGUGUAUCGACGCGUCUUCCGCACCUUCUUCCUCUCGGACUGGGCGCAGCCACACGGGUCGACCUGGUUCGAUCGCGUCGUUGCGUCGCAGGCGGAGGUGAGUGCGGACUGA